GAUUGGCUGACUGUCUCUGUUGUCAAACUCCAUUGGCUACAGGCACACACGCCUGUCAUCAGUCUGAACAAGAAAACAAACGACAAGGUUUUUCCAUGUGUGAGUGAUUAAGCCAACAGUAAGCAUGCUGACCGCACAGAGGGCAUGUGCAGCGAUGGCUGCCCGGCACCUGGUUAGAACUUCAGUCUCCUCAUCCCUCACACACUGCUCUCUGAUCCAUACUUCAGUACCCUGUCAGGACCAUGCUGAGCUGCAUUCUGAAUGGGCCAGUCUGGCUAAGAAACAGCUGAAGGGGAAGAACCCAGAAGAUCUGAUCUGGCACACUCCUGAGGGGAUUAACAUCAAGCCCGUGUACACCAAAACAGACUCAAAAGAUGUUGCUGAUGAACUGCCAGGAGUGUUUCCUUACACUAGAGGGCCCUAUCCCACCAUGUACACAUACAGACCUUGGACUAUCAGGCAGUAUGCUGGAUUCAGCACUGUUGAGGAGAGCAAUAAGUUCUAUAAAGACAACAUAAAGGCUGGUCAGCAGGGUCUUUCUGUGGCCUUUGACCUCCCAACACACCGUGGUUAUGACUCGGACAACCCCAGGGUCCACGGAGAUGUGGGCAUGGCUGGAGUGGCUAUAGAUACAGUUGAGGACAUGAAGUUGCUCUUUGAUGGAAUCCCAUUGGAGAAGAUGUCUGUUUCAAUGACUAUGAAUGGAGCAGUUAUCCCUGUGUUGGCAAUGUUUAUUGUCACCGGAGAGGAGCAGGGCGUUCCAAAAGAGAAACUAACUGGCACGAUUCAAAAUGAUAUUUUGAAGGAAUUUAUGGUGCGCAACACCUAUAUUUUCCCCCCGGAACCUUCCAUGCACGCCAUUGCAGACAUCUUUGCAUAUACCUCUAAGCACAUGCCUAAGUUCAACUCCAUAUCCAUCAGUGGCUACCAUCUUCAGGAGGCCGGUGCCGAUGCGAUCUUGGAAGUAGCCUACACCAUUGCUAAUGGCCUGGAGUACUGCCGCACUGGACUGAAAGCAGGGUUAACCAUAGAUGAAUUUGCUCCAAGGCUGUCGUUCUUCUGGGGCAUCGGGAUGAAUUUCUACAUGGAAAUUGCCAAGCUGAGGGCAGCCAGGAGGUUAUGGGCUACGCUCAUUAAAGACAAUUUCCAGCCCAAGAAUGCCAAGUCUCUCCUCCUGCGCACACACUGCCAGACCUCAGGCUGGUCUCUCACUGAACAAGAUCCAUACAACAAUGUGAUCCGCACGGUGAUUGAAGCCAUGGCCGCUGUGUUUGGGGGGACCCAGUCGCUGCACACCAACUCUUUCGAUGAAGCUCUGGGCUUGCCCACCGUGAAAAGCGCUCGCAUCGCCAGGAACACUCAGAUCAUCAUCCAGGAGGAGUCGGGCAUCCCCAAAGUUGCAGAUCCUUGGGGCGGCUCGCACAUGAUGGAGGCUCUCACAGAUGAUGUCUAUAGCACUGCUUUGAAGUUUAUUAAAGACAUCGAAGAGAUGGGAGGCAUGGCCAAAGCGGUAGCCGAGGGAAUUCCAAAGCUCCGUAUUGAGGAAUGUGCUGCUCGUAGACAGGCCCGCAUUGACUCAGGUACUGUGAGGGAGAGCCGUGACCCUGAGAAAGCCAAGACGUGUCUGGCUGCCAUUGAGGAGUGUGCCCGAACCAGGGAGGGCAACCUUUUAGCUCUGGCUGUGGAGGCAUCAAGAGCCAGAUGCUCUGUUGGUGAGAUAACUGAAGCCAUGAAGAAGGUGUUUGGUGAACACAAGGCCAGCACCAGGAUGGUGAGCGGGGCUUACCGCACUGAGUUCGGAGAGCAUGAAGAGAUCACUCUGGCCAACAACAGAGUUGCAGAGUUCAAGAGCCAUGAGGGGAGGAAUCCUCGAUUGCUGGUGGCAAAGAUGGGGCAGGAUGGUCACGACAGAGGUGCCAAAGUUAUCGCCACGGGGUUUGCAGACCUGGGCUUCGAUGUAGACAUCGGACCACUGUUUCAGACCCCCCGGGAGGUGGCCCAGCAGGCGGUUGAUGCAGACGUUCACUGCGUCGGGGUCAGCACGCUGGCCGCAGGACACAAGACCCUGGUGCCAGAGCUCAUCAAGGAACUCCAAAAACUCAACAGGCCAGAUAUACUUGUCAUCUGUGGAGGUGUCAUCCCACCCCAGGACUACGAGUUCUUGUACCACAGUGGCGUAUGCGCCAUCUUUGGCCCAGGAACCAGGAUCCCACAGGCUGCAGUGGAGGUUAUUGACAACAUUGAAAAGAGCCUGGAAAAGAAUCGACAAGCAAUGUGAAAGCUAACUGCAAAAAGCGAACUGCUUGUUCAAGCAUCUGUACAGGAUCAGUGUGACUGGUAGCACGAGGAUGUAAAAGAAAAAGCAAGACUAAUUGUUACAUUUAGUUUUUUGUGUGUUCAUUAACAACACUCAAAAUGAACAAUGCAACGUCAGACAAACCUCAGUAGGAUUUGAAUGACGUUUGUUAAUGAUUUCACCCUUUGCAUCAUACCUGUGUGUGAUCUGUAUUGAUUUCUUAAUCAGUCUGAUUAUAUUACAUCUGAAAUUCCAGAAAAUUCCAGAGUGUAAAAGAAAGCACUUAUUAUACACUGUUAUUCCAAUUAGGAUUAUGAUGUGACAGAAAUUUGCCCUUUUUUCUUUACAAUCCAAGAUAAAACACGGGGAAAACCACAAACCUGCUUUGAAUGUAUUUUUUGAAAUGUCUCUGUGUAAUUUAAUAAUGUAGCAGAGUGUGAUUAGUGCCAGUGUGGUGGAGAUGGAUCAAUCCUCUUAUAUAACUUCAUCCCUGCCUCUUAUUUUCAUGGAUAUGACAGUCCUGUAAGUGGCCUUCUGUCGCUCUGAUCUCGACUCUUUGCAUCAAUCAUAAAUUUGUUCCGAGGAUAAAACCCCGUCACAGUGGUCGGAGUUUAUGAAGCCUUUAGAGAAAAGUAUUUUUCUGAUUGUGACUCUGAAUUCGGUUUACUGGUCUUUACUCAAAAUAAAUACUGUGAACGUUGGAAAUGUA